UAAUCAGCAGUUCGAAGAAACGUUUACCCGGAGUUCCCAGAUAUUUCGUGUUAUCGCCGAAAACCUUGAAUUUAAAAAGAGAUGUAAAGAGGCUUCAAUAUAGCGAUGUAACUUUUAUAACUCAAUGAACUACUGGAUUUACUGCAGUUAGACAUAAGAAAUAAGAGGAUAAAUGUAGUUUUUAAAAUAUUUUAUCAAAUACUUUUUAGAAAUAUUAGCUUAAAGAGUAGUUAAUACAUUUUUGAACCACGAAAAAGCGCAAGAUGUCGAUGAAUUUGUCGUUUACUGCCAUUUUCUGCUUACUAGGUAUUUUGUGUUGUUACGCCCAAGAAUGUGGUCGUCCCCCGUUAACGGAGAACAGGAUUGUAGGAGGCAUAAACGCCCAAGAUGGGGCAUGGCCAUGGCAGGUGGACAUACAGAAUUCUGCUGGUCAUAUCUGUGGAGGCUCCAUCAUCUCGGAAAACUGGGUCCUGUCGGCUGCACAUUGUUUCCCAAAUCCUUCUGAUUUGAGCUCUUACCGCAUCUACAUUGGGCAGUACCAGUUGAAUGGCUUCAGUCCAUACCAGAGCACACAUUCUGUAAGCCGGGUGGUGAUCCCAUAUGGUUACGACCAGCCUCAAAAUGGGAAAGAUGUGGCUCUGGUACAGCUGUCCAGCCCAGUACCCUGGUCAGAUCGUGCCCAUCCCGUGUGCUUACCUGCUUCUGGCACCCUGUUCCCAGCUGGCAUGAUGUGCUACGUCACUGGCUGGGGCAACAUCCGGGAAGAUGUCGCUCUGACAGGAGUUGGGACUCUGCAGCAAGUGCAAGUGCCAAUCAUCUCCCAGAGUUCAUGUCAGGAGAUGUACCAAACGGACCCAACAGAGCAGGUGGACAUCAAGUAUGACAUGGUCUGUGCUGGAUACCAAGAAGGUGGCAAGGACUCCUGCCAGGGGGAUUCAGGAGGGCCUCUUGUCUGCCAGAUGGUAAAUGGGACCUGGGUGCAAGCUGGAGUGGUGAGUUUUGGACAAGGCUGUGCUGCCCAAAACAAACCGGGUGUGUAUGCCAGGCUAACCAGCUACUCAGAUUUCAUCAGUAACACAAUACCGGAAAUCCAACUGUAUGGCCGAGCUCAUCACAGCUGGUGUGGGAGUUAUGUUGUGUUGGUCAGCUGUCUGUCCACUUUGCUGAUGCUGCUUCAGAGAUGAACAGGAGGCAGAAAACAUGGAGAUAUAACUUUAAAUGUCUGGCUCAGUGGUCCCAAAUAUCUGACAGAAAAUCUAUUACUUGUAUCUGAUGUGCACAUGAAGCCAUAUUCUUAGAACUUUAACUGUUAUUAGCUGUGGUUCAGCAUAGAUUUAAUAGUUUUGUCAUUUUAAAUCAAAAUUAUGAGAUUGUCUUUUGUAUUCCAAAUAAAUUAAUUUGAUUAUUAAAAUUUGAUCUUUGGUCUGAGUUUGUAUAACACUUGCACAGAAUCUUUGUUCUUAAACUUAAAAAAAAAUCACUUAUACCACUAAUGCGCCAAUUUUAGCUGAAAUUAUACAAUUUAAACCUGUAAAGGUUAAAAGUUCUGUUUUUGGUGGACAAACCACAUGCUCUCAUUUGACUUGUUUUCCCUAUAAAUAAAUAAAUAAAUAUUGUCUUCAAAGUGUAAUUUAGACUUGUUAUAGCUCAUUAAACAUCAGGACGCAAAGACUGUUAAUGUUAAAUGGUUUUAUUAAAAAGCGCAGCAUGUCAUGAUGGCUGGGGGAGGAAAAAGGGUCUGUAGUGCCUGUAGUGGACAUUUGGAGU